AUGAGUGGCGGAUGUGGAUAUUGGGACAUGGCAGAUUGCCUGGCCGAAGAAUUCGAUGCACAAGAGGUACUGCCUCGUCUAUAUAUUGGCUCAGCACAGGCUGCUUCCUGUGUCAAUCAACUUAAAGAUCAUAACAUUACACAUGUACUGUCAGUCUCAACCAACCCUCCAAACUACAAAGACAAGAAGUUUGAAUGUCUCUCCAUUGAAAUAGAGGACGAAGAGAAGAAAGAGAUCCACAACUAUUUCAGUCUAGCGCACUCCUUCAUUGAAAAGGGCAGAGGAUACGGUGGUGUGCUCAUUCACUGCUCUGCAGGUGUGUCACGAUCAGCCACUAUUGUAAUUAGUUAUUUAAUGUCAUUGUUCUAUAAACCAUUUAUGUAUUGCUUCCAGUUUCUCAAGUCGAUUAGACCUUGCAUUCAGCCCAAUCGUGGAUUCAUCUCACAGUUGAUGUCAUACGAAUCUACACUGUUGCAACAGGUCACAGCAGUCGCUCAAUGUCAACAGCUUCAACAGCAGUUGCAGAGGAAGCAACUGUGUACUGGUGAAGAUAUUGGUGAAAGUAAAGAUCGAGACAAUGUACAACAACAACAACAACAACAACAACAACAACAACAACAACAACAGGAUCAUCAGAUAGAUGAACAGCACUCGACUAGACAAGGACAUGAAGAGUUGACCAGGAGGCAACAACAACAACCACAACUCACUUGCUUGGAG